AUGAACAACAAUCAGUUUCCCAACAGGGGUGGCAGGCCGCAACAACAACCACAGCAUAUGCCUAACAUGGGCCAACAACCUCAACAGCAGCAGCAACCACAACAACAUCAACAUCAACAACAUCAACAUCAACAACAUCAACAUCAACAACAUCAACAACAUCAACAUCAACAACAUCAACAACGACUUUCCAUGCUUCCUCCCCAAUUCGCUAAUAUGACCCCACAACAAUUGCAGCAAUUGAGACAACAACCUCAAUUCCAGGCGUAUUUGCGUAACUACUUGCAGAGACAGCAGCAAUUGAUGGCACAGGAAAGACAACAUCAAAAUAGUGGAGGAGGAGGAGGUAAUGGGACUGGUGAACUUGUAGGUGGGCCCAGCAAAGCUAACAUGCCUCCUCAACAACAAGGAAUGAUGCCUCCUCCAAUGGGCCAACAACAGCUGCAAGUUCCUCCAGUAGUUGGUGGUGGACAACAAAAGAUGAGAAUGGCUCAAGGAAUGGAUGGAAUAGUUCCUGGAUCAAAUCCUCUUCAACAAACCUCACAAGGAAUGAUGCGUCCAGGUGGUUCUGAAACUGGACCUGCUGGCUAUUCUCAACAACGAAGUGGUGGCAUGGGUCCAGUAUCAGUUGGCGGUGUGUCAAGUAUGAAUUCUGAUGCGGGUAUUUUCCCACCUGGGGUACUGCCUAAUGCUCCCAAUGGAAUGAGACCAAUGUCCAAUUUGGGGGGUCCAGGAAUGAAUCCUGCAAUGGUUGGUCCAAAAACUGCUGCCAGUUUUGUCCAGCAACAACAUAACUCAAGAGCUGUCCCUCCUCAUAUGGCUACUGUUGGUGGAGCUCAUGGACCUCCAGUUGGACCACCUCAUAUGCCCAACUCUCAGAAUCAAGGUCCUCCUCCACCAGUUACACUUCCUCCCAGUAUUGUUAAUGCCAUACCCGAGGAAAUGAGGAAAGUAAAAGGCGUUAAUGAGGCUCUUUCUAAGAUUCCCUUUGAACUUAUGUCUUCAACUACAGAAUGGUCCAAAAAAUUGUAUGAUAUGGACGAAGAGCCUUCUACUGAUUUGCGCAUAUAUGAAGACACCAUAACUAAGGACGCUGCCUUUUUCUCCAAACUCACAGGUCAAGUAAAUAAGAACCGAUUUCUUAUAGACGAUAUGACUCGCGAUAUCAAGAACUAUAGUGCUAUCAAACAGUUGCGAGUUAACGCAAUCAACUUGUCAAGUAAAAGACAAUUUAAUAAUAGUAUAUGGGGUGAAGGUUAUCAGGGUUAUGGUAAUGGUAUUACAAACACUGCAACAUCACUUUUACUUCCUGAAAGAGAUGCUACAGACAGAGAAAUUAAUGAUGCAGUUGCAAUGCUGGAACACUCUCUUGUCCCAGUCAGGCUUGAGUUUGAUCAAGAACGAGACAAAUUCAAACUCAGAGAUACAUUUUUAUGGGAUUUAAAUGAGAAAUAUUUAUCAACUGAAGAAUUUGUUUCUAUGUUGAUUGAAGAUUAUAAGUUUAUCCCCAAGCAUUAUUUUGAAAUGAUUGUAAGAAGCAUUAAAGAGCAAUUAAAUGACUAUUAUAAAAGGCCGUCUAAAUGUCUUGGAGAAUUGAGAAUACCUAUAAAACUUGAUAUUACUAUUAAUAAUACUCAAUUGACUGACCAAUUUGAAUGGGAUAUUUUAAACUAUGGUGAAAAUGAUCCUGAAGAUUUUGCUACUAUAAUGUGUGAUGAAAUGGCUUUACCUGGUGAAUUUUCUACAGCUAUAGCCCACACAAUAAGAGAGCAAGCACAAUUAUAUCAUAAGGCACUUCAUUUGGUUGGCUACAGUUUUGACGGCAGUGCGGUGCAAGAAGACGAAAUCCGUAAUCAUAUUCUUCCAUCAUUGCGAUUUGUGGCUCCUGACUCCAAAUAUGUGGAUGAAUUUUUUUCAGUACUUCGAAAUCCUCAAUCUGUUGGUGAUUAUUCUCCUUCAUUGGUCAAGUUGACCCAGUUAGAAGUGGAAAGACUAGAUAAAGAAAUUGAAAGAGAUUCAAGACGUAAAAGGAGGCACAACAUUGGAAACUUGGAUGAUUCACUUAACAGUUCCAGUGUGUCUUUGAAUGGUGGGUUUGGCUUCAAUGGUAAUAAUAAUACAGGAUUGGGCUCUCUCACCUCCGCCAGGGCAACUCUGUCAAGAAGAACUGCUUUACAUGCAGCUAGAGGGGGGGGUCACUCACUUCCUGAUCUUAUUGAUUUACCAAAGACGUAUCGUACUCCAGCUCCUUCUUCAAUAUUACCUGGUGCGGUUGAUUUGGGAACCCCAGAUGUUUAUUCCUAUUUGGAAACACAUGUUAUCAAGUCUCAUGUGAAGAAUCCAAAAUAUGAACCUCCUAAACCAAAGAGUUUUAGUGUUCGAGUAGAUAACCUUGAUGAUGCCUUAAUAGUGCGCAUCAAGUUAGCUCCCGAACGUUUCCCAGGAUACGUGAGAAGGCCGUCAUAUGACUCUGAUCCAGAUUCAUCAUCUGACUAUUGA